ACAAAAACAAAUGGUCAAUAUUGUACCACAAGCACAAAAACAAAAUUAUCAUCAGAGGCAAUAAUGGACUUAAAGUCAAGGCGUUCCCUAUAUAUUCUUUGUAGUUUUCCCAAUUCAAAAUUCUACUGGGGUAGAUGGAUGUGGGUUUGAUCAGCUGGUGAGGGCAAUAUAUGCCAUCCUUUUAUGCUCGAGUUUGAAUCGUCUUCUCCUGACUUAGAAUAGGAUAUAGGAAUACAACCCAAUUGGCCUGAUGAUUAGCGAAGCAGUUGCAUCGUGCUAGUUGGUGGUCUAUUAAACCAAGAACUGAAGACAAGUUGGUUACUAUAACAAUAUAAUGAAACACUACACUUAACUUGAACAACAGAAAUGGAUUCCUCAAGAUUGCUAAUUCUCUUCAUUGUUCCCGUUCUCUUGGACCUUCUUGCACCCACCGGAGCCCAAGUCAACGACGGUACAUGCACUUAUACAGCUGACUUCUGCUGGAGAUGUUCCAACAUCGGCACCUACGAAGACGGUGGCACCUACCAAAAAAACCUCGACACCCUCCUCUCCUCUUUCUCUUCCAACGAUCAAACCAAUUCCGGCUUUUACAAUUCAUCAAUGGGGCAAGACCCCGACAAAGUGAACGCAAUUGCAUUGUGCAGAGGAGAUGUGUCCCUCAACAACUGUCACACUUGUGUCAACCAGUCUAGUCCCUUUCUCUUCACGAAUUGUUCGAAUCAAGAUGAAGCAAUCGUAUGGGCGGAGCGUUGCAUGGUCCGAUACUCGAGCAAAUUAAUAUUUGGUAUUCAGGAGGAUGAGCCUAUUAAGUAUGUGCCUAGCCUGACUGACGCAAUUGAUCCCCAGAAAUUCGAUUUGGUGCUCAAUCUCUUUUUGGAUACUUUGACUGAGAAAGCUGCGUCGGGGGAUUCUCUUAAAAAAUAUGCAGCCGGACAUACGAUUAUGCAGGAAAGUACGACAAACCAAACAAUAUAUGCACUUGUGCAGUGCACUCCAGAUUUAGAUAAGCAAAAUUGCAGUGAUUGCCUUAAAGGGGCUAUCUCAAAAAUACCAGAUUGUUGUGGUGGAAAGCAAGGAGGCAGAGUUCUUAAGCCGAGUUGUAAUUUGAGAUUCGAGGCAACUCUUUUCUACGAGCCUACCGCGGAUUCUUUGGUGACUCUCCCAUCUGUAAAAGGAAAGAAGAGUACCAUAUCAAAAGCAGUCAUCAUCAUCAUCGUCGUUGUUGGGGUUGUUUUUGUCGCUAUGAUUCUUAUCGGAAUAUUGAUUUCCUUAAGAGUGAGGAGACGAUGGAAAAAACAAAAACUUGAAAAUGAUAAUUCGGAUGACGAUAGUCUGGUGGAGUCGUUGCAAUAUGACUUUGAAACUAUAAAAUCAGCAACUGAUGACUUCUCUGAUGCAAAUAAGCUUGGACAAGGUGGAUUCGGACCUGUCUACAAGGGUAGGCUACCAAAUGGAAGAUAUAUAGCCGUGAAAAGACUCUCUAAGAAUUCUGAGCAAGGUGAUCGUGAAUUUAAAACUGAAGUCACGUUAGUUGCUCAACUUCAACACCGUAAUCUAGUAAGGCUGCUAGGUUUUUGCUUGAAAGCAGGGGAAAGGAUCCUCAUUUACGAAUAUGUGCCUAACACAAGUCUGAAUCACUUCAUUUUUGGUACGUUUGCUCUGCCUUUUGGCAUAAUUCAUAACAUUUCCUCUCAAUUUUAUAUUACUGAAAAUUGUAUCAACAAAGGAAAAACUUAUGCAUCAUAUUUCAAUCUAUUGCGCUUGUAUUUAGAUCCAGUCAAUCAAGGAUAUUUGAAUUGGGAAACACGUUACAAAAUCAUAGGAGGGAUUUCUCGAGGGCUUCUUUACCUUCAUGAAGAUUCUCGUCUUCGAAUCAUUCACCGUGAUCUUAAACCUAGCAACAUUCUGUUAGAUGAAGAUAUGAAUCCUAAAAUUGCAGACUUUGGCAUGGCUCGAUUGUUUACGAUGGAUCAAACUCAAGGAGAUACUAAGACAAUUGUGGGGACCUAUGGAUAUAUGGCUCCAGAGUAUGCAAUUCAUGGACGUUUUUCUGUCAAAUCGGAUGUUUUUAGUUUCGGUGUGUUAGUUCUCGAGAUCUUAAGUGGUAGAAAGAUUGCCAAUUUCCGAAGUAGUGAGAAUGAAGAGGACCUUUUAACCUAUGCAUGGAGAAACUGGAAGGAGGAUACGGUGUCAAAUAUCAUAGAUCCUGUGUUAGCGACAGGAUUAGGAACCGAAAUAAUGAGAUGCAUCCACAUCGGUUUACUUUGCGUCCAAGAAAAUGUGGCUAGCAGACCAACCAUGGCUUCAAUUGUUUCGAUGCUUAAUAGUCAUUCUGUCACACUCUCAUUACCUUCAAAACCUGCAUAUUAUUUGCAUAACAGUGAAAAUGACACCACGGAAGGAACAAAAUCAUAUGGAUCUAAAAAUUCUGCGGAUGUGUCGAUAAAUGAGGACUCAAACAUUACAGAGCCAUAUCCUCGUUAGUGGGGCUGAUUAUAAAUGUAGGCUUUCUGGUUUAUUUUUAAGCACAAGUUUGUUAUAAGACGGGUAGUGUUAUGUGUACUUAGAACACCGUGACCUGAUCUAUGAUCCAUAGAAUCGUCCAGAGUUACGUGCUCAGAAGAACAAAUGAUUUGGUCAAAUAAGAAAAAGAAAGAAACCACCAACUGCAGCUGAAGUUUAAAUUUUCACAGAUUGCAUCGAUCAUAGAAGGACAUGUGGGAAGCGUCCUCGAUUGUCGUUUGCCGGCGAGGGCCUUGAUGCUAGGGUUUUUAUUCCCUCUCUUUUGAAAGUAUUGUUUCGUUGAAAGUUGCAAGCUUUGACUCCCUUUUAUUAUAUAAAUUGUGUCCUCGCAUGUAAUAUAUAUGUUGUGUGUUGGAACAGA